ACAGGCUAGGGCCGCCAUUUUAACUGAGCAACCCUAGUGACAGGAGCGAAGGAGCAGCGCAGGUUGUCCCCAUUUCCCCUCCCCCUUCCCUUCUCCGUUUGACUUCCCGGGCCCCCUACACUCCAAAGUCCCGGUCCCACCAUGUCUCAGAAACAAGAAGAGGAGAACCCUGCGGAGGAGACCGGCGAGGAGAAACAGGACACGCAGGAGAAAGAAGGUAUUCUCCCUGAGAGAGCUGAGGAGGCAAAGCUAAAGGCCAAAUAUCCAAGCCUAGGACAAAAGCCUGGAGGCUCCGACUUCCUCAUGAAGAGACUCCAGAAAGGGCAAAAGUACUUUGACUCAGGAGACUACAACAUGGCCAAAGCCAAGAUGAAGAAUAAGCAGCUGCCAAGUGCAGGACCAGACAAGAACCUGGUGACUGGUGACCACAUCCCUACCCCACAAGAUCUACCCCAGAGAAAGUCCUCGCUCGUCACCAGCAAGCUUGCGGGCGGCCAAGUUGAAUGAUGCUGCCCGGGGCUCCGCCAGAUCCUGAGACGCUGCCCCCCCUGGGUCCUGUGCUGGCUCCUGCCCCUCCCUGCUUUUGCAGCCAGGGCUCAGGAGGUGGCUCGGGCGCGGGCUGGAGAGGCAGAAGCCCCUGCCCGUCGGUGUCCCAGCGCAUGGAGCCCCUUGGGCUGAGCACCAAGACCUUGAACCUUUUAUGUUUUACCUUUCUUCCAAAUAACUAUUGGGAGAAAUCUUAGUGAAAUCCUGGGGGGCGGGGUGGAGUUGGGAGGAUUGUUUGAGAGGGUGGGUGGGAGAUUCAGGGGAAUAUGAAUUAGGGCUUGGAGUUGAUAACAUUCCUGACUAUCCUUCUUAACCAUGUAGCUGGUGUGGGGUGGGUGUGAGGGGAAGGAAGUGGAGUAAAUUAAAGAUGUGGGGUUCCAAUUUAGCUCUGUAGAAAAAUACUGUGUUUUCUUGGAUAUAGCUGGGGACCUGGUAUCAGAUAAAAGAAACUGUCCAUCUAAAUAUGACAGAUGCAAACAGCUCCUCUGGUUCUGCAGAGCAAGCUGAGAAUGCAAUUAAUGUCAAUUCCUUUUUUAAAAAUGUUGUCCUUGAAACAGAUUUACUGUGGGGAGCAGGGCAGUGAGUAAGGGGAAAGGGGGUCAUGAGCAUGGGGAGCUCCACAGAGCCCAGGGGACUUUUUCAUUAUUUGGAAUUUUUUAAAAAAGGAUGAAAAAACCCAACCCA